UGCCUACUGUGUGCAAAGAGCACUUUCAGACCAGCUGCUCUUCUCACUCACAGAGAGAAGGCUCAGGGAGGCCCAGGGGAAGGGAGAGCUCACUGCUUUGCCUGUGGUUUCACUCCCUUUUAUCUUCACAGGCCUUGAUCUGUUCCUCCUUCAUCCCUUUCUUCUUUGGCUUAAUCCCUCCGACCUUCAGAGGCGUGCGGUACGUGGAUGGAGGGUUUAGUGACUUUAGACCCUGCUUUGAUGACAAGACGACCAUCACCGUGUCCCCGUUCCUUGGGGAGCAUGACAUCUGUCCUAAGGUCAAGUCCACGAACUUCAUGCAUGUGGACGUGUGCAGUCUCAGUCUCCGCUUCUGCUUGGAGAACGUCCACCUGAUCAACCAAGUCCUGUUCCCGCCGGAUGUGAAGGUGCUGGGAGAGAUAUGCCUGCGAGGGUACUUGGAUGCGGUCAGGUUCCUGGAAGAGAAAGGCAUCUGUGACAGGCCCUGUCCGAGCCCGAGUGUGCCCUCGGCAGCGCCCGAGUUCCUUCUGUUCUCCUGGGAAACUGCAAGCCCCAAGGCUUCCCCGGGGGCGUCAGGCCUGAGUGAGGCACUUAGACCCCGAGGUGGCUGCUGGAGCAGGAUCUGCAGCUUCCUACCGGUGAAGGUCAUGUCUUACGUGAUGCUGCCCUGUACGCUGCCCGUGGAGUCCGCGCUCGCCAUGGCCCAGAGGCUGGUGCUGUGGCUUCCCGACAUCCCUACCGACGUCCAGUGGCUGUUGUCCAUAACCUCCCAGGUUUGUUCUCGAGGGAUGAUGCAUCUGCUCCCCACGUCCUCGCGGGUGUAGAUGGACAAAGAGAAGCAGCUGUUGCUGUGUGUCGGUUACUCUCAUUGGGUUUUAUUGAUGUCUCGAAGCUCUGUCCUCUGAAGGGCCUAGAAGCCCCAAAAGAAAUGAGCACACCCAGCACCAAGACCUUGGUUUCUAAACACCAUUCCCCGCAAACAGGGGGAACUCUGGGGGAAUGACUGACUGUGGGGCCGAGCAGGACAAGCACAGGGGGAGCUGGAACAUCGGACGGCCGACAGCAAGUGUUGAAGGAAUGGCGGGGACUUGUUCAAAGGAUUCAGGAGCCAGCUUGGCUAACUCUGGGACAGUGUGGACACCAAAGCACAUCCUUU